UUGUAUUUUGUUUGCGGUAAAAUUUAAAACAAAAAUUGCAUUUUCGUAAAUGGAAAUCACUUUGGCGUUGCUCAAACCUCACGUGGUUCGCAAUGUCUACGCAUUCCAGCAGAUCAAGCAAAUAAUUCAGGAAAACUUCACCGUGCUGCACUCGAAGGAGGUUCAUAUUACGAAACAGUUGUCGGAACAUUUCUAUGCAGAACACAAAGGCAAAUUCUUCUACAAUAGAUUGGUUACAUUCAUGGGCAGCGGUCCCUGCCACGCGUUCAUCCUACAAUCGAAAGACAGCAUAGCUAAGUGGCGCGGUCUAAUGGGACCCACGAAAGUUUACAGGGCUGUAUAUUCCCACCCAGAUUGUAUACGCGCACUGUAUGGCUUGUCUGAUACGCGUAAUGCAUGUCAUGGUUCAGAUAGCAAAGAAUCGGCGACACGUGAGAUUUCUAUAAUAUUUCCAGAAUUAGAUGAAAAUCAAUUUACAACGGCUGAUAGCUAACAGAAGAAGAAAUAGCUGAAAGGCACACUUUGUUAGAUUCGGAACUGAAAAUACUAUGCUUCCUUGAUUCCCUUCGUUUCAAACUGGGAUUGCCCGUAACACAGGCGCUAAAUUUGGAUUUAACACAACACAUUAAAUCUUUCGCUUCUGAUGAACAAAUUGUCCAAGCACAACAUCGCUUCAACACUAAACUUAGGCAAAGCAGAAACUGUUGCAUGUGGUUCUGGCCCCCCGUGGUAGUAUCAUACGUGCAUCUGCAGAGCAACUUUGAACAUUGCAGUCGGAUGAUUACAUACUAAGAGACAUAUUUGAAAGCAGAGGAAUAGCCUGGCGGUGGUUUACACUCUAAACCGGUCAAUCUACCCAAAUCCCCCCAAAAAAAUGCUUCCGUGAUGUGUUUGAAUUUAAUUAUUAAGUUAAUAUGUGUAACCAAUAUUUUUAAAAUUCGUUUCCUUUGAGCUACUAUGUUGAAAAGCAUUUAAUUAAUUUAGGUAGUUGCUAUUUUUGUUAGUUUUAUAAGCAAUGACACGCCAAAGAUAGUACAUAUUUUUAUAAGUAUUCUCCAAGAAAUCGGAAAAAUUGUAUCUCUUCCAAUCGCCAAAAACAAAUUGUACACUUCACAAAGCAAUGCAGUACUUUAA